AGUUUUGUUUUCCACUAUGAACACUAUCAGCAGUACUACACAAAAACUCGACAUCAACGGAGUGCAUUCCUCUAAAGAUUCACUAGAACCCAUUCGAGCGAAUGCUGAUCUUUGCGCUUACUGUUUCGACGUACUGCGGGCCUACUAUAAAUCACAACACCGAUGGAGGAAAAACGUCGAAGUUGAUUUACCGGAUAUGCCUGAGAGUCUUCACCCUGACGUUACAACUGAUGGAAUUUUCGUCACCUGGGAUAAGCGGAGCUCAUCUAAGUCGUCUUCGCUGAGUGCGAAGAGCGAGUAUCAAACUCUACGAGGAUGUAUAGGAUUCCUUUUGCCGAUUAAACUAGGGCAGCUGAAGAGAUACGCAAUAGUGUCAUCUCAAGAAGAUAGGCGUUUUAGGCCCAUAGCCCAAUCUGAGAUGAAGGACCUCAUGUGUACUGUGAGUGUUCUCCAUACCUUCGAAGACCUUGGUGAAGAGAUCUAUAACUGGAAGUGUGAUGGUACCCACGGUAUCGUCGUGAAAUUCGUACUCCCGGGAGAGGCUCGAACUCGAAGUGCGACGUUUUUACCCAAUGUUAUGCCGGAACAACACUGGGAUCAAAAACAGGCGAUUAUGAGAGCUAUUGUGAAGGGUGGAGGAUCUUCUCGAGAUGGACAUCAUCCGGAAUCUUUGCAAACAACAGUGCAACGCUAUCAAUCUUCGAAGUUUUCUCUUACGUUCGAAGAGUAUGAAAUGAUGCGUGGCAAAACAGCAGUGUCUUCGUGA